UGAAGAAAGAGUCGCCAUUCUUUUAUUCAGUACGACUGUUUGGAACAAUGGCAUCUGCACACAUUGUCUUCUACCUGAUAUGUUUGUUCUUGGGUGUAAUUGCUCAGAAGAACAACAUGCAUUUAUACUCCUCUGUUCAUGAAGAAGCACGUUUUAUAUCAGCUAAAUCUGGAGACAGAGUGACUUUACAUUGUUACUAUGAACAGAAUGCUGCUGCAAAUUUUUACUGGUAUAAACAAACUUUAGGAGGGAAACCAAAACGUAUUUCUUCCUUCUAUAAAUCAAAAAACAAUUAUGUAGAAUUUCAUGGUCCAUUCAACAAUAGUGCACGCUUCAGACUAGAUAAUGAAAAAGGAAAAAAACACUUGAUUAUCUCAGACUUAAGUGUUUCAGACUCAGCAACUUACUACUGUAUAUUUUCCUAUUACUACACAUUAAUGUUCUUAGAGACCAUUAUUGUCAGUGUCAAUGAUUUAGAUUUAAACAUACGAGCUUUAGUUCAUCAGUCAGCAUCUGAGACCAUCCAGCCAGGAGGCUCUGUAAGUCUGCACUGUAUGGUGCACACUAUGCUGAACUGUGAUGGAGAACACAGUGUUUACUGGUUCAAAGACUCUGAAGACUCUCAACCAGGACUCAUUUACACCCAUGGAGUCAGGAAUGAUCAGUGUGAGAGGAAAGACAACAAAAGAACACACACCUGUGUCUAUAACUUGACAAUGGAGAGCCUGAAUUUGUCUCACGCUGGGAUCUACUACUGUGCUGUUGCCCUAUGUGGACACAUACUGUUUGGAAACGGGACCAAGCUGGACUUUGGGGGAUUUACCGUUCAGCGAGAUUCUCCUGCCCUGAUGUAUUUCUUAAGCGCAGCUUUAACACUCACCACCAUCACCAGUGUGUUAUCAACUUUUUUAGUGUAUAAGAUGAAAAGAAGUAACAACUGCGAAUCCAGAGCAGACUCAAACGCAAAUGAUUCUGUAAAUUUAGAGAGCACCCAAGAGGACAACCUUCAUUAUGCUGCUUUGAGAAAAAUUAGGACGAAAGGAGCAAGAAGACAGACGAGCAACACCCAGGAUGAAUGUGUGUACUCCGGUAUAAAGUAAACAUAGUAGAAAUUAUGAUUCUUAGUAUUACUUUUCUGCUAUAGUGAUGAUUUUGGCAUCUUCUCUUUGGCCUGAAAGAAAAAUAAUUUAACUGGUAGCAGCA